GCUCGAUCGGAUGCUCAAGCCUCAAGGUCGGAGCAAGAUGGCAAUCAGCUGAAAUCAGUCUGAUUUUUGAGGUGGUGUCCAAUUAACAUUCUGCACAAACCCCCAAAGUGGUGCUUUCAGAGGUUUGAGAGGCACACAAGCUUCCUGUCAGGUUUGAGUUGGUCCUUGCUUGAGAUGAUGGCGACCACAGCGUCCGCUCCGGCGGCCAAGUGUUUCCUUCUCAAAGAACAAAUGCUGCAAUCACAGCGUUGCAGCUCAUGCUCUACUCUCAGAGGCCCAGGAGCAUUUCCUCUCAUACAACACCGGAAGGCUUUACGACCGAUGAGCAGUCACUCAAAGCCAGCCUUGACCUUCACUUCUUCAAAGCAGUCUACUUCACAACUGCAUCGUAGUUUGCAAAACAAACAGCAUUCGGCAGCGUUCAGAGUCUCUGCUCAAAGUAGUCUUUCAGCUGCAUCAGAGCCAGCUGGUUACGCGCAGCGAAAAAGUGACACGAGGGCCAGGGGGGACGUUCGCACGCUAGCGGUAGCGGAAGCAGUGGGAAGAGAUUUGGGGAGUCAUGAAGAGGAGGAAGAGAUAGAAGCGAACACUGGUGAUGAGCGGGAGUUGCCAGCAUUCGACUGGAAAGCUCAUUGGUAUGCUGUGGGGGUGGUGCAAGACAUGGACCCGAGCAUCCCCCACCCGCUCACCAUCCUAGGCCAGCCAGUCGUCCUCUGGUACGAUAGGAACGAAGCUAAGUGGCGCUGCUUCUUGGACCAGUGUCCCCACCGCCUUGCGCCCCUUUCCGAGGGCAGGAUCGACGAGGAAGGCCGUCUUCAGUGCAGCUACCAUGGGUGGUCGUUCGAGGGACGGGGGGCGUGUGCGUGCAUCCCACAGGCUGCUUCUGAAGGCCCUGAGGCGAAGGCAGCCGCCAACCCGCGCGCAGCGGUGCGCACUUUCCCCAUCUCUGAGGCGGGCGGGCUGCUUUUUGUGUGGCCCGACAGUGAUCCCAAGGCGGCCUACAAGGCGGCCUACUCGCGCUUGCCUUUGACGCCAGGCGUCGCGGACGAUUGGAUGACAUCACACUACGCCCGCGACAUGGAGUACGGGUACGAGAUCCUGGUGGAGAAUCUGGUGGAUCCCGCCCACGUGCCAUUCAGCCACAACGGCGUCGGAGGGAUCAACCGGAAGUCGGCCGCUCCCCUCGAGUUUCGCAUCACGCGCAUGGACCACACCGGCUUCUUCGGCAGAGGCGUCAGCGGCAGCUUUGCCCCGAACACGGUCGGGGGGAACGAGUUCCUAGCGCCCAACCGCUUCUCCUACACUCGAACCACCCCCCGAGACGACGGCUCGGAAUCCAACUUCAUCAUCACUGUACACGUCACCCCGCGGGGGCCCGGGAAGAGCCGCGUAAUCCUGUCUACGUACGCAAAGACUUUGAACGAGAAGAAAGUGAAAACGGGGCUUCUGGCGAGGGUGAAGGGGUUCAACUUCCGGCGGCUGCUGUUCCGGUUCCGGCCCCGGUGGCUGACCCACCUGGUGCUGGACGCGAUCUUCGACGGGGACGCGGUGUUCCUCCGGGGGCAGGAGAUUGCGCUGCAGACCACGCCAGCGAACGCGUCCGCGACGUCAGCGGUCGACGAGCGCGGGGUCCGCAAAGUCGACGCUCCGCGGGAGUACUUCAUGCCCACGCCCGCAGACCGGUUCGUGCUCGCGUUCCGACAGUGGCUCAACCGGUAUGCAGGCGGCGGCGUCCCGUGGGCCGAGCUGGGCGUGCCAGAACUUGACGUCAAGCUGACGUCACGGGAGGCCGUCAUGGACCGCUGGCAUCAGCACACCACGCAGUGCACCACCUGUUCCGGCGCGCUCGAGAAGGCGCGCACCGCCCAGAAAGCUCUUUGGGUGGCUGCCGCGCUUCUUGUCGCCGCCACCCUAGUUGCCGGCCAGGCGUGGGGACCGCUAGCGCGCGGGGGGUUGGUCUCGCUCGCGCUGCUUUCGACGGCCGCAGGAUUCGCGCUCAACGGGCUCGUUCAGCGCUUCAUCUACACCGGGUACAACCACGCCAAGUAGGAAGGGUAUAAUCUAGUGCGGUCUGCAUUGGACCAUAGGCAAAGGUCUCGCGGCACGAGCUGUACAUAGCAUGCGGUGUACAUAGUUGGUCAAGUAAAGCGCUUCAUUAGGUGCAUACGAGUCGGAUAUAUCCAUGCGAACACUCUUAAGACCUUCCUUGCUCAGCUGGAAACCACAAGGUCGAACAUCGAUCGAUACCAAGAACGCGAUAGUUGCUCAUUUGACCCUAGUUUAAUGACUCCUUGCCGAAUCGACACAUGUGGCACCAAGAUUGAAUUGCAAUCUGCACGCUGUAUAGCACGCAGUACGUAGCCAAGUUCAAACCGAUCAAGCUGUCUGGCUAUCGAAAGGCUUCUGGCACCGUCUCCAACGUCAAGGGCAUGCCCGGAGAAAAUAAACCGUAAUUGGAGAUCGACUAGAUCGAGUCAUGCAAGGCCGGCG